AUGGCAGCGAAAAACCCGUGUGGAGUGGAAUUCGGUAUGCCUUUGGCGUUUGGCAUUGCCUCUCCGCUGGCCAUGAUGUGCACGUUUCAACAUCAGCGUAGUUCUGUAGGUAGUGUCUUAAGCGUUUGCUGGCUCCAGGACUGUCCAUCGAAACCAGCAGGUGUGAUGGGCAUAGCGGAGAACGGUUUGGGCGGUGAAGCGGGACGAAAAGCCUUAAUAGCAUCGGAGGUGACGACCGCUCCAUUAAGUACUGGCGAUGCAGGCGGUUGUGAACUCUGCGGCGUUGAGGGAUCAGGCAUGUCAUCAUCUUUUGUUUUGGCAGCUGCAGCAGGUUUCGUGAUCUCUACUGUGACAUCCGGAGAUUCUCGUAUGACUUCCCCGCUGACUUCUAAAUCGCUCUUCAUGAAAUGA